UUCGCCCCGAACGCACACACGUAAAUCACUACAGUGGUCUCCGCCAAAAAGGGACACGAUAGAUCACCAUGGCGAACCAUUACUAUUUCGACAUUAAACUUAAACUUCGGGAUCCGGAUGCAGUUGUUCUGACCCCAGCCCUGUUUCGAAGCUGCGUUCUUGAAGCCCUGGACAGUUUCUUCUGCGAGGAGAAGCCCACACUGGAGAUCGUUAAGUUUUGCGCCCAGCAACAACGCGUUGUAUUUCGAGUGCCAGAGGAACUGCAUGAUAUAGUACGCAUGUCUAUUGAGCUCAUUGGUCACUACCAGCAAAUGCCCUGUCAUUUUGAGAUACUGCAGUCCUCUAAAUCAUCGCUUGACUUUGAGAAAAGCAUAGAGAAGACCCUCUCAGGACUGCCAAAUUUUGAAGAUUAGCGAUAUGGCCAACGCAGUUUAAUUCAUUGUCUAAUUAUAGAACUUUAUAUGUUGUAACCGUCACUCAAAAUUUGAAUUGCAAUUAUAACUGAUUUUACUGUGA